AUGCUGUUUAGCUACUACCACGUGCAUCACGCCGCACCCGACGGCAUUGUGGUGCAGCUUCCAGGCAACGGCGGGUUUGGAAGGUUGACCGUUGAGACAUUAGGUGGUGACCUUCUCGCGGAGAAACUCCUCAAACGCCUUGCCUCGCGCGAACAGGUGCAGGCCGUGGCACGACGCACGCGUGAUUCGCAGCAGUAUCGCCUUCUUAGCAUACAACUGCGCGAGCUCUGGAGCGAUGUUGCGACGUACCCGCCGCCCGUGGCAACGCUGCUACCUAAUUUGUUUCGAAAAAAUGUGUUGAUUGGUUUAGGUACCACCACAAUGGCACGGGUCGUGAAGGCUUCCCCGGAGCGUGGGGCGGUGCUUUCCAUUGCCGGCGGGCUCACCGCCUUGGCAGCGCUUGAGCACGUCCCGGGGGAUGCCGGGACUGUGGAGGUGCGGCUGCUCAACUACGACGUUCAGACCGGCGUCGCCAAUGUCACGGCACGGUCGGAGGUGGUAGAGCGUACCCCUAGCGAUGUGGUCGCCAUGCAAACGCUCCUCUCCGGCCUGCAGGUGGGCGGUGUGGUGUCCGCUACAGUGCUGCUUUCAUGCACAGAUGACCACUGCGCCGUUGUUGAGGUUGCAUGCGGCGAGAGCAGCCUGGUUGGGUACUAUGUUUACAAUUGGCCGGGCACCGCCGCCCCCGGUGAGCCCCCCGUUGUGGGAACAUCUAUGCAGCUCGUGAUUGAGUUUGUGCCGCACGAAUCGUUGCUGCAGGAGGUUCUUCCCUUUCUUGUGCUUUCAAGCUGUCGCACCGUUUUUACGCUGCCGCAGUGGCGUAGCGCACCGUUGCCAGCAGGCGAGAGGGGUCUCCUCGGAUUUUUCCCCUGGCGUGACUGCAAACGACAACACGGAGCUGGAGAGAAACAACACCAACAGCGACACCCCGAAACCGAGAGCGACGAGGAUGACGACGAUGGUGAUGGUGGCGCCGCCAAAAAUGCGGGCGGGGAACACAAACUGCGCAAGCGAAAACUUGAGGAGGUCAUUGACGCCUAUGAGCGUUCGAUGGAAACAGCUGUGCCAUCCUCACCGGAGGAGUUCCAGCGCUUGCUGCUGGCUGCACCCAACAACAGUUAUUUGUGGGUUCAGUGGAUGGCGCAUCAUCUUGCACUUCAGCAGCAGGAGGAGGCUCGGCUGGUGGCGGAAAAGGCGCUGAGUACCAUCGGUGUUCGCGAGACACAGGAGCGUAUGAACGUCUGGGUGGCAUACAUGAAUCUUGAGAAUCUGCAUGGUACGGCGGAAUCUCUUUCGGCUGUGUUUAAGCGAGCGAUUCAGCAUGCUUCUGAUCAAAUUGUCGUGUACGAGCGCCUUGCCGACAUUUUUGCCGCCACCCGCAAGCCAAAUCAACUCCUGGCCUUGUGUCGUACCAUGGUCUCGAAGUUUCGUAAUGAACCACAUACGUGGGAACGACUCGGUGUGGUGCUCAUAGACCAGAAAAAACGCGACCAGUUGAAGCGCAUGGUGAAGGAUAUGGGAGGUGCGCUGCGUCGGGACGCCUACGCGCUGACCGUCGUGCGCCUCGCCAUACACGAGUACAAAAGUGGCGGCGUUGAGAAUGGCCGCGCGUUAUUUGAGGGUCUGGUUGUGCGAAUGCCCAAGAAGUCGGAUGUGUGGUCGGCGUACUUGGAUCAAGAAAUGGCGCUUCUUGUGCGCCGUGACGCCUCCGCGGCCGUGUCCAUUGUUCGGACGUUGCUGGAGCGGGCGGUGUCCACGAACUUCUCUGCAAAGGUGAUGCAGCAGUUCCUUACACGCUUCAUGUCAUUUGAGCGGGCCUACGGCACACCCGCGGACGUGGAAAAGGUCAAGGCCCGCGCACGAAGUUACGUGGAGGCGAAAAUUCAUGCGUCGGUAGGAGAAGGAAAUGGCGGUGGCGGUGGCGGUAUUUCCACCACCCACACGAGCACAACGCACAACCGUAAUAACACUAACAAUGGCAAUAAUGCCAACCAAGAGACUGCAGCCGAAAAUGACGAGACGGAGGAAUUGUGA